AUGUGGUGGAUGUACCAGCAUACUAUUGUGUCUGCCGCACCUGCCUGUGGUGUUCAUGUUGCGAUCAGAAGUCAUGUACAAGCUCUGUGGCAACUUUUGUAUUUUUCGCGCCGUUCUAACGAAGCUACAGCGAUCCCAGUAUUUUCCUUCCUUUUUUCGUUGACAUAAAACAGUGCUUACACUCAUACUGUAUUUAAUGGACCGCAAGCGCGUGGCUUUACAUGA